AUGACAGAUCUGCUCUACCGUUUCAAGCGUUACAACCCUGGAAAGAAGCUCAACCUCAGCUUCAUUGCCGAUCCUCCCCCUCUUCCCGAAGGCAUGACCGAAGAGAUGAUCGAGGACUAUGAGGGGGAGGAUGCCCCAGAAGAUGCUCCUGCCGAUGCCGAGGAGGCCACUGCCGAGGCCGAUGAGGCCGCUGCUGAGACCGAGGAGGCCGCUGCUUCAAUGGACAUGUGGCUGUGCGUCAAGCGAGCCAUCAACGCCGCCGAAAAGGCGAAGAAGGCUUAUGAAGACGACAGGGCUAGGGUUGCCGAGGCUGGCAAGGCUAUCCAAGCUCAUUCAAACUUGGCGAAGGACUUGCAGGCUGCCGAACGGUAG